AUGAAUACAUCUCAUGGACAAAAUAUGGGUUCUCCUUUAAAAGAAAAUAAUGAUGGAAGAGAAGGACGCAGAAUAUCAGUAUCAUCUACAGAUUCUUCGGACAUGCUAAAUGAUCUUUCGGAAAGGUGUGCUGAUUUCGGAUUGAGCACCUCUCUUUUGGAAAAAGAGGCUUUUGCAGCGAUACAUGAAGUUGGAUUUGCUGUUCAAAUGAUAUCAAUGCCAAAAUCACUGCCAAGGAGUCCCAAUUUAAUUUUUAUGAAUCUCAUCACUUUAGAAGGCUUUAUGUAUUGUAUUGAAUUGACUCAGCGUGGAUGGCGCAUUGCGUCAGAUCGUCUCGACAGUAUUGGCAAUGAAUGUCGAAAGCGCGAGUCAUAUACUCGUUAUUUUGAAACAAUUAAUCAGCUGCUCAAUGUGAUUUCACCUGAAUUUCGAAAUCAGUUUGCUAAAAAGCUCAGCACUAAACUUAGUGCUCUAGCCAGUGAAAUUUCGGGUUUCAAAAGCACUUAA